AGAAAAAUGGCUUGCGAAGUAAAAACAUUUGGAAAUAUUUUAGAUUUUCGCAAGGUUCAAGAAUAUUUUGGACUCGGACAUGACGACAAUUGGCUUAACGGCGUCAACUAUGCCAUGUCACCCACUGGAGAGGCGAUUGCCCUGGCGCUGGGUGAAAAGUUGGCAUUUCUAACCACCUGCUGGAAUAGUCGGGGUAAUGAGAAUAGCUAUGCGCUCAGUUGGUGUGGCGAGCUGGAAGAUGGUAAUCAAAUUGUUACCAGUCUAAUGUGUAUGCCCAUGCUGCGUGGCACCGAGAUCGAAUGGACUUGUAUGGCAAUCGGCUUGGCCUCGGGCAUGGUUAUAUUCUAUACAGAUUCGGGUGUGAAGCUCUUCUCGCAAUGCUGCCAGGAGGAAUCUGUUUUGGGCAUCAAGCUAUUGUCGCCUCCGCGCCACACAGAAGCUGAUGCCUUGCUUUAUAUUAUCUACAGCAACUGCAUGUGCUUCAUCAAUGGAGAGGACAUUUUGCCAAUGCUCGCCAGUUGCCGACAUAAUAUGGAACGCAGCGUGUACUCUAGUUCCGAUGUGGUGCCUUUUCAAAAAUUCAAAUUCAAGCUACAGAGGGAAAGCAUCCUCAAUGACGCCGUCAUCUGCACGAAUCAGCGUUCGCCCACCUAUGAUUAUAUUGUACAGCAAAGCAUUUCAAAUGGCUACUUUGCUCGAGUGCAGGCAACGCCUGUGCGCAGCACCCAGGUCUUAGCAGCCGGAGCAGAGCCUUAUUUGGGCUUCUUCGAAGCGGAGGAGGGCUACAAGACAGUCUCGCUCGGAGAGGUAGCUAAAGAUGUCAUUGGCAUGGCAUACAAAAAUCUUCUAGGUGGCCUCUUCAGGCGUACGCCAGCAACAACACCCGAAACGCCGGAGCAGCUGCCGCUGCCCAGCAAAGAGGCGCCUAUGCGCACGCGCUGCCGCCUCUAUGAUGGAAAACGCGAUGGCCUUACCUUGGUCCUGGCACCUGGUGGGAAAUUGGCGGCAGUAACAGAUAAUCUAGAUCGUGUAAUGCUUGUAGAUACACAGCAAGCGAUUAUAUUGCGCGUGUGGAAGGGUUAUCGAGAUGCCCAGUGUGCAUUUGUCCCAAUCAAAGAGCGUUCGGUGCGCGGGAUUAAGACUCAUAGGCGGAAAGCGCUCUUUCUGGUAAUCUACGUGCCCCGUCUCGGCUGCCUGGACAUUUGGGCUCUACAGAAUGGGCCCAAAGUGGCCGCGUUCAAUGUCUGCAAGAGCGGCCAAUUGAUUUACAACAACCACAGUCCACUGGGCGCGGCGGGCGUGCAGAUGCGUCGAUCGCCCAAUUUGAAUUAUUGCCUAUUUCUUGAUCCCAGCGACAGCAGCUUAAAGGAAGUGCACAUACCAUUCCACUAUGCACUCAGCGAGACGAAUUCGCAAACAUCGCGGGACAUUCACUCGCUGCGACGCCUGCGCAAUCAACUGCGAUCGCUGAGCCAAUCGGGCGAGGACAGACAGGAGCAGAUCUCUGCCAUAGCCAAGCUGGCUGGGGAGCUGGAAACGUUGGAGGUGCGGCAGCAAUGCCUGGAAAUGUUGCUCAAAAGCAAACGACUGCACCCUGAACUAUUCCAAAGUAUUGUGAAUGCCUUUGAUCAGGCCAGUGCGCAGGAUGAGGCCAAUCAAGAGUUUCUACAGCAAAUCGCCAACUACAAACGCUUGACUGAUCUUUAUUUGACCUUGAGCCUAGCUCAAAAGCAUUAUGUCGAUAGUAUUGCUCCACCGGUGGAGCUUUUAGAGCUCUCCGAUGCGGAUUUGGUUACCAUUAAUCAGCUGGUGAUUCUAUUGGAAAAUAACAGCGAGCAACCGGCCAUACGCGAGGUUAGCUUUCAGCUGCAGGACGCACACAAAGUGGAGGAAUUCGUGGACUUCCUGAGCAUCUUUAACAUCGAUACGCCCAACUGUGUGACGCUGUUGGCAACGAAGUCGGAUAAAUAUGGCAGCGUUAGCAAUGAUCUAUUUGGCAAUUUCUUCACGCAGAUCCAAUGCAUGGACCAGUUCAAACAGUGGGUAACCGCGGCGUGCAUACCCAGCAAGGACUUGCUUAAGCUGGUCAUAUUCUACUGGCUCGACAAGCCAUUUAAGUAUAGCGAUUGUGAUGAAGUCGUUGAGGAAAUGUCCCGCAUUGCCUGCACUGUGCGUGCCAUCUGUGAGCUGGCGGGCGAUGAGAUCAAUGACUAUGCCUACAAUGCCAUUUCGCCUUGGUGGCAACAGGUGCGCGAACUUCUGCUCGAGAGCAAGCAAUUCUCCGGGCUCCUGGUGGCUAUUGUCUGUAAAAUGGUGGCCACACACCUGUGGCGCAAUCGGCGCGAUGGCUCAUGCGAUGAUAGUGCCACGGAGGAUGACGAACGCUGGGAGACGAUAUCACACGAUGAGGCACAAUGGGGAUUGCUAACGGGCAAGCUUGAGGAUGUAUCUGUGCUGGGUGCGAUUCUAGGUCAGCCCAGAAUAUGCCGUGAACCCGUCGGACCAGAGCUGCCGUACGAGCAACCCGACUGCAGCUUGAAAAAUAUUCUCAACAGCGGCAAGGGCAUUGUCUCGGAGUUGACAGCUAAGUGGUUGAUUAACUCGCGACUGCAUCCUUCGCUAAUCGUAGAGAUAACGCCGCCUGGCAAUGAAACAGAUGAUGAGCCUGAGGCGAAAUCGAAAAAACAGAAAAAAUCAGCCCAGCAAGAAAGAGAGCAAGCGCAAGAGCUGGAGGAGGAGACAGAGGAGGAUGCUAAUCCGGAAGAGACUGCAGUUGAGCACAGUGAACCACUGGAGCCGGUGCUGGAGCGCUUAGCGUUGCUGCGCGCUCACUUUCCGUUUAGCCUGGAGUCGGGCGUGCUACUGAGCCUGAUGGCGUGGCAGCACAUGGUGCACUGGAGCAAGCAGUUAGCCCAGCUGGAGCACAUGCGUGCUGCAAUACGUUGCCUACAGCAAUAUCGCACUCCAGAUCUGGCGCUCAAACACGGUACCUGCUGUCUGAUAUGGAAUGCGACUCUGAAGUAUCCCUUGCAGGCGACGGCCAAACUAAUGCAGAAAGUGGGUCGCCUGCCGGUCGAUAAGAUGUGUCAACAGGAUCUGGAUAUGUCGGCGGCGCUAGUGCCCGAAUUUCUUGAGCUCUGCUUGGAGUUUCUCGAACACUUUACGAGCUCGAUGGAGCAUGACAAGCGUGAGCUGAACUUCGAGCAGUCUCUGAGCGAGGGACAGCAGCCGCUUCAAUUCUUGGCUCUGCAGCAGCAUCAUGCGUUGCCGCAGCUGCUGCAGCUGCAUACACAGCUAUGCACCGUGCUGCAUUUCAUAGCACAGUUCCAGCUGCGUCUGCAACGUCCACUGACCACGCUCUUCGAUGCGUUGGGCAACAAGGCGCUGCUGUCCGAUAUCAACAAGGAGCUGUCCUAUGCUCUACCUGCUCCAGACCUCGUGCUGCAGGACCAGCGCACACAAUUCCUAUGCAACGUGGUUACUGCUACUAUGGAUGUGAUACGUGAGGAUUUGGAGCAGCUGUACAUUCUCGAUCAUGUCUACUACAUGGCCAAGGUGUGUGCGCUGGCCGACAGCUGGCAGCUGGAUAAGCUGCCCAUACUGCGCCGGCAGGUGGUGGAGCUGUAUGCCUUUGGCUAUGAUGCUGAGGCGCAGCUGCUGCUCCACGACAUUAGCGAGGAUGAGGAACUGGGUCGGCAGCUGCUAGAAAUAGCGGGGCGACGAUUAAAUCUCUAUGCAGACGGAUCUCAGUCGGCGUUUCUAAAGAUUGCCUCAGUUGGUCACCAGCUGCUGGCCUAUUUGGACAACUUGAAGGAGUCAAGCACGGAGGAGCACAGCUUAGCCAUAAGUGCCAGUAAGCCGGAGGAGAUAAACGUUGUUCAGUUGGAUAAAUUGAUCACCCAUGUCUACAAAUGCCUAAGUAAACGUGGCUCGAAGCACCUCAUCACCGUGGCCCAGAUGUACAACGCGGUGCGUCUGCUGCAGACUUGAAG